AUGAAGCUCUCGAACUUUCUCAGUCUACCAGUGGUGCUGGCGUCGCUGCUGGCGCCAGCAACCGUCGCGGCUGAGCAUACAAGCAAUUGGGCAGUGCUGGUCUCGACAUCGCGAUUCUGGUUCAACUACCGGCAUCUGGCCAAUGUGCUGUCGCUAUAUCGAACAGUCAAGAGGCUUGGGAUUCCCGACUCGCAGAUCAUUCUAAUGCUUCCCGAUGACAUGGCAUGUAACCCUCGAAAUGCCUUCCCAGGAACCGUGUACAGCAAUGCAGAUCGAGCCGUGGAUUUGUACGGUGAUAACAUCGAAGUGGACUACCGAGGCUACGAGGUCACAGUGGAGAACUUCAUACGGCUGUUAACAGACAGGGUGGGAGAGGAGAUGCCGAGGAGUAAGAGGCUGUUGACGGAUGAUCGAAGUAAUAUCCUGGUGUAUAUGACUGGGCACGGAGGGAACGAGUUCCUCAAAUUCCAGGAUGCAGAAGAGAUCAGCGCAUUUGAUCUAGCGGACGCAUUCGAGCAAAUGUGGGAGAAGAAGAGAUAUCAUGAACUCCUCUUCAUGAUCGAUACCUGCCAGGCAAACACAAUGUACAGCAAAAUUUACUCCCCCAACAUAAUCGCCACUGGCUCCUCCGAAAUUGACCAGUCCUCCUACUCCCAUCACGCAGACAACGACGUUGGAGUUGCCGUUAUUGACCGAUACACGUAUUACAACCUCGAUUUCCUUGAGAAGGAGGUGCGCGAACCUAGCAGCAAGAAGACCCUGGGGGAUUUAUUUGAUAGCUAUGAUGAGUCCAAGAUUCAUUCCCAUCCAGGUGUCAGAUGGGAUCUAUUCCCUGGGGCCGAACAAGGGGGCAGGGAGAGAUUGGUGAUGGAUUUCUUUGGGAACGUCCAGAAUGUGGAGGUUGAUAACGCUGGAAAUAGCACACAGUUGGCGGAAGACUUACUGCUUCUAAGCAAGAAGAUUUCUGAGCUACGACAGCAAGCCGAUGCUACGGAGGGUGCCGAGAAGAAUGCCACCACCCCUCAGCCCAUAAAGGGUAGCCACAUGGUGCGGAAGAUCGGGGCCGCAAAGGUAGAAGCUGAUCAUAGGUCUUGGGACAAGACAGCUAUGGGUGUAUGGGCUUUGGUUGGGUGCUCCUUGGUUUGGUGGGCUGGUGAGCAUAUGCAACCAUCUGUUUAA